GUUUACUAUCUGAUCUGUUCUUGUUUAAGGAACAGUGAAAUACUUGGGCAUGGUGUUGUAAUACACUAAAUGUUUAGCAAAGUAUUUAUUACUCGGUUCUAAAUGGCUACCUCUGUACAUUGUGACCCCUGUUUACGAAACGAACUGAGUUCAAAAGCAGUGAAAGUGUGCACAGAAUGCGAAGAAGCAAUGUGUCAGCUCUGUGUUAAAGCUCACCAAUCUUUCAAAGCAUUCACGUCGCAUCAUUUAGUGAAUGUUGACGUUUUACCCCAAUCUGUCUUCACUUCAAAGCAAUAUUGCCAAAUACAUACCGAGAAAGUUCUUGAUUUGUUUUGCACUCAACAUGACACGUUGUGUUGUCGAUCUUGCAUGACCAACAAACACAGAAACUGCGAUUCAGUACUUCCAUUAGAAGACGCUUCUAGAAAUGUAGACAAAUCAGCCAUUUUAGUUGACACAAAAUGUGAACUUGAUGGAAUAGCAGACACACUCAGGAUAUUUGAAAAGGAUAGGAAAUCGGCAUCAAGUGAGGUAGACGACUCUGCAUCAAUCGCAACUUCAGAAGUCACUAAUUUGAAAGAUCGUAUUCUCAAAAGAAUUGAUGAAAUGGAGGAAAACAUAAUUACUGAAAUUGAGGAUAUGAAAACAAAACAUUUCUUUGAAAUAAAUUCAACUCACGAAGAGAUUAAAGAAAUGAAAGAAAUGAUUGACCGCUUGAAACAAAAUUUGGAAUCAACAACAAAAUUCGGUUCCAACAACCAGAAGUUCGUGAUGAUUCAUUCGUUAAAAACGAAAAUAAAAGAAUUACAAGACAGGCUGCAACAUCUACUAUUAUCAACAAGAUCCGUUGGUAUCACAUUUUCACCGACUAUGGAUAUUCUUCCAUCCACAAAAUUUGGUUUGAUCAAGGAAAAUAGAAAACCAUGCACUAUUGUUCAUCAUAUUUCUACCAAGAUGCAAGCCCCAAUUGUACCAAGAAAAUCAUCUACGUUUAAACUCACGAAAGAGUUUAACCCUAUUGGUUCAAUUAUUACUAGUGCUGUUAUUAUCCCAAAAAACAAGCUACUCGUAUGUUUUUUCAAUGAAUCUGCAUUAGGUGUAAUUGAUGAAGACGGAAUAAUUAUUAAAAUCCAAAAAAUUCAAAGCAACCCAUGGAGUAUAGCUAUAAUACCGGACACAGAUGAAGCCAUCGCAAUUUUGACACGAGAGAGGUCGAUCCAGUAUGUCAAAAUUGAGAACUUGGCACUAGAAAAGAAAGUAUCAGUUAAGGAGAAGUUUCCUUGUGAACUACGCGGCAUUGCAGUAACAAAGGACCGGAUUGCGUUUGGUGGCCAUGGAAAAGUUUACUUGUGCAACAUGAACCUGGACCUUAUAACACAACUGAACGUUGACUCAUUUACUGUAUAUCACUUACAUUUCGAUAACACUGACAGAUUAUGCUGUGUAUUUAAAGUAGGCAGAGUAAUAUAUCGUUUCCUUAAAACAGAAAAGUUGUCAAUGAAGUACAGUUUAAAAGACUUUCAAAGCUUAUGUGGCAUAACGUCCGACAAAUACGGUAAUUUAUUGAUAGCAGAUACACAAACAAACUCAAUUAUAGAAGUAGGCUCGAAAGGAGAAUAUCACAAACAAAUUUUGAAAGGAGGAGAUGGUAUAAAUAAUCCAAAAACAAUUAUCUUUAACAAAACUUUUACAAAGUUAUAUAUUUUUAACACAAAUGGUAGUGUUCAAAUUUAUGACUGUUGAAAUUAAAUAGAAUCAAAAUGAAUUUAAAAUGACAAAUUUUGGAACAUAAAUGACACCACAGGAUCAUUGUUAUGUUUUAUGUUUUUUUGUUGAUAUCAUUGUCGUCACAAAUAGAAUUGCGGAAUGAUCAGUACAAAUUAUAUGAAUUGGUUGCAUAUCAACGAAAAAAUGUGCGUUUUUCUUAUCUGGGCGUUUUUUUCAAAAAAAUGUCCACUUUCUCUGUCCAGGGCUAAAAUUGUGAUACAAUCAUAUAUAUUUUAACAUUUUUUGGUCUCAGUCUAUAAAUUGUACUUAUUAAAGACAACGAUAACACGUUUUGUUUGCUUUGUGGUAACGACUCUCUGAAAAAAUCAGACCAAAGGGCUCAAAAAAAGCAAAAACGCUCUGUCCACAUUUGAAAGUUUACUUAAAUUUUUUAAAUUUCAUACAAUUUACCAAUCUUUUUUGUGCUUUUUUCAAUGUUGAAAGCUGAAGCUCGCAUUACACCUGUUUCUUAGCCUCGUACAAAUACAGCUGAAAUUUAAAGACACUAAACAGUUAUUGUCUAUAUAACAUAAGAGUAUGUUACUAUGUUCACACCAUGAUGCUGCUGGUGGUCAUAACUAGGUAUAUCCUAAUUGUUCAAUAUCACUAUAAUUAAUUUUAUACAAUAAAGAUAUAUAGUAUAAA